CAAGCACUAAAGCAUAUUUAUUUUCCCACAUGCUCCUCAAUGCCUGUUAUAAAUUUCAGAAACGAUUCCACUUUACAUUUUAAAACAAACGUAAGUCCUGCAACAUGUUUUAAUCCCCCAUAAAAUGUUAUUUGGGCGAGGGGAAUAUUUAAGACAUAUAAACGCGGUUGUUGAAACUUAACGCUCAGGCGAAUCGAACACUCAUUGGGUCCUCUGGACUGAACAUGGACGUGUCGGUGAAAUGAGAUAUACAUUUUUUUGAAUAAAAGCACGGAAAUUGGACUCAUGCGAAUUUAAAGUAGCGCUUAAUGUAAGCACGUUGGUGGUUAGGUAUUCAUACUCGGUUCCCUGGUUGACAAAACAAGCUCUCUGGCGUUAUUAUCUACAUGGUUAGCUAAAAAGUUGCUAAUGUUUUGACUCAAUCAGGUGUGUGAAUCAAAAUAGACUGUUGUAUAUCUAAGUGCAAAGUUACAAUUGUACCACUCGUUAACUUAUAUUCUCAAUCUAGACGAUUAAUUUAGUUUCUUUUAAAUGUGUGUGAAGCUGCAAUGACUGUAGUAAUUGGAUUUGAGGGCAGUGCCAAUAAGAUUGGCAUUGGGAUCAUCAGGGAUGGAGAAGUACUUUCCAACCCUAGACGGACCUACAUUACACCUCCUGGAGAAGGAUUCCAGCCCAGCGACACAGCCAGGCAUCAUCGCUCGGUUAUACUGACUGUCUUAAAGGAGGCUUUGGAGCAAGCAGGGUUGAAACCUUCUGACAUAGACUGUGUAGCAUAUACUAAAGGUCCUGGUAUGGGUGCCCCCUUGGUCACAGUGGCUCUGGUGGCUCGCACAGUGGCCCAAUUGUGGGGGAAGCCCCUUGUCGGUGUCAACCACUGCAUUGGCCACAUCGAGAUGGGCCGACUCAUCACCAAAGCCAACAAUCCCACUGUACUUUAUGUCAGCGGGGGCAACACGCAGGUCAUUGCAUACUCUGAGCGACGGUACAGAAUAUUUGGAGAGACCAUCGACAUUGCAGUUGGGAACUGUUUGGACAGAUUUGCCAGAGUUAUCAAGAUUUCAAACGACCCGAGCCCAGGCUACAACAUUGAACAGAUGGCCAAGAAAGGCUCUCAGUAUGUGGAGCUGCCAUAUACUGUCAAAGGAAUGGACGUGUCUUUUUCUGGGAUACUGUCCUACAUUGAGGAUGCUGCAAAUAAAAUGCUUGGAUCCCGUCAGUGUACAGCCGAGGACCUGUGCUUCUCCCUGCAGGAGACGGUGUUUGCAAUGCUGGUGGAAAUCACAGAGCGGGCCAUGGCUCACUGCGGCUCCCAAGAGGUUCUCAUUGUCGGCGGCGUUGGCUGUAACCUGCGUCUACAGGAGAUGAUGGGCGUCAUGUGCAAGGAAAGAGGAGCCAAACUUUUUGCCACAGAUGAAAGAUUCUGUAUCGACAACGGCGCCAUGAUCGCUCAAGCCGGCUGGGAAAUGUUUCGAUCCGGCCAAGUGACCGAGUUGGAGGACUCAUGGAUCACGCAGAGGUACAGAACGGAUGAAGUGGAGGUCACAUGGAGAGACUGAUGGGCGGAGAAUGUCACGGCCGGCACGCCGAGGGAAAAUUUGACUCGGUUCCAUGAGACUUAAGUACAAAAUGGACUCCUUCCCACAGACACGGUCCAUCUUGUUUUCUCAGGUAGUUUUUGAUAUAUUGUGCAUGUGACAAAUUAAAGUGAAGCGCAGACGGUACGUCUCAAGAGUGUUUGGGAGGAAGUGCUCGGCUUUUCUUGAACGCUCAACACUUUACCUUCUGUACACUUGAGGCCCCCCUGUCAAGAAAAUGUGUCGCAACAGCCAAUGGAACACUAUUCUACUUCAUUUAAUGUUUCUUUUUUUUCACAAUAAUGGCUAAAAUAUAAAAAUACAUUGAAGACAAUCGCAAAUCACUUAUUUCCAAUAAACAGCUGCAAGGCAAGUUUAUUCACUUUUAUUAAGCAAUACUGUUCACGUACAUUCCUCCUCCAGUGUAAUUUUUUUCCAAAUUCUCCCCCCCCCCAAAAAACAAUAAUAAAAUCAACGUAUUGAACACUUAACUCCCUUAUGAAUUCAUGAACAUUCACCUCAUUAGAAAGCGAACAACAGAACAAAUGGAAAAAAAACAAACGGGGACAGCAUUAAGAUCUGACAGGGCUAAAGGGGGAAUUCUACUGUGCCUUUGAAGAGACCCCUUUGUAAACCGAAAAAGACAAUAACAGUAAAAUUCGAGCAGGUAUAAGACGCCACACCUCACACGGAAAUGGGGAGUGGGUGGGAAGAAAAAUAAUAAAUCGCCGCGAGUUUCUCGCACGGCCAUCGCUAAUAACAAAUUCAUCUUUAACAAAGUGCUUGAUUGACCACACGCUUUACACGGGACACCGUUUAUUAAAACUGCAACUUCCAAAAA